AAGCUGUUGUCAAAAUAAGCCCUGUAGGUGUGGGCCGUUCCCUACGUUUGUAGUUUUAGAUUUUCAAAGGGGCGGACUUACUACUGGCUAUAGGCUCAGGUUCGUAAGACUAGUUUUCUCUACCUUGAAAAAUGCCAUCGUAACAGGAGGCGCCAAGGAGUUUGAGUGUAAAACUCACACACCGUAGAGGAGAUGACGAAAGUUCCUCAGGCGUUUGAUUUCAGUUUCUUAAAUGAUGAAGAAGCCAGAAAGAUCCUGCAAGUGCUGGAAAGAAAUGAGGAGCUACAAAGGGCAGAGAAGGAGAGGAUCAGCAAACUCCAGAAGACAAAGAGAGAUAGCAGAUGGCUUCAAGGAGUGACUGGUGAAUGGUUUGAAGAAAUUCAAAGAAAAAAGUUUUGCAAUGAAGCAAAUGUUAGCCAAAUGUUAAAACAACCACUUAGGUACAGGCUGAGCAGGGGGAUGGCAAAAACUGAUUCUGUGGAAUUACAAAUAUCAAGAUCAAAAAAUCUACCUAAUCAAAAAAACCCAACGUCCUUUCCUCCUCGGCUGAGCUUUGGAUCAUCGUUUGCUUCCCUGUUCUCAUUCAGAAAAUCCAGAAAGGAGCCUUUAAAGCUUCCAACACUGGGACAGAAAGGAUGUGGUGGCCUUGCAGGACCUCCUGUGUCUGUGAGGGGAACUGCUGGGCAGGCAGAAAUAUACAGUUCACCGCUGGAAAAUCAACCAGUUGACAGUACAUUUGUCCAGAACCCAGCAGGCAUGAGGAAGGGAAGUGACAUGCCUCCAUGGGACGCUUCUCUGCUAGAGAAUGAGUUUUUCCGUGUUUUAGAUGACUUGGAUAGCACUCUGGCUCAGGAACAAUCUCCAAGCUCAGUGAAUACCAGAACGCCCGUCAACUAUGAAUCAAGAACACAGUUCAGUCGUUUUUACUCCAGUGGGAACAGACCUGGUAAUACCGCAGGAAGACACAAAAAUCGCUAUAAUGAAACUUCCAGUAUGUCUAUCUAUGACAUCCUAAGACCAGGAGCACCUAGGGAAAGUUCUAACACCUUUUUUCCUAGAACAAGGACAAUUUAUGAUAUGUAUACGACAAGGAAGCCCAGAGUCUUCCAAGAAGGUUAUGUUCAAAAGAAUACUUUUGGUAGUUCUUCUCUCUGUUUUCACAGCAUACAACGGUCAGCCUCACCAGCCACAAGGCAUUUCACAGCGAGAAGCUUACAUUUUCCAGCCACAGCUCAGAACAAUACUGGGUUUAUACCACAGAGCCACCAGCAGAGCCCCAAAAGAACUCGCUUAUCAUCCAUCAUAUGGAAUAGAUCAGAUUCUUCAAGAGAUGGACAGAACCAGGAAGAGUUCCUGAGGGCACCCUCACCUAUGGAAACUGACCCUGCUGAUCAAUAUAUGUACCCCAGGUGUUUUCAGAAUAGCAUAUAUGAAUUUUACCAUUCACAGAGUGUUUACCAAAGUGUUGGUUUAAAUGCCCCUAUAGACAAUAGAAUGAGUCCUGACCCGUUCGAGAACUCAGAGAAUAUGCCAUUCUACCAUCAAGACAACCCAUUCUCUAGGUCUUUCUUUAGCAAUACCUUUGGACGAGGCAGAGAACAGAGAUUUGGACGAAGUCCUUUUUGGGGCCAACAGGAAGAUCAUUCUUCCUGGUCUGACUUUUAUCAAAACAGAAAACCAUUCACUUCUUCUGACAGAGACUUUGAAAUGCUUUCCACUGUUGCAAAUAGUGCAUCAGAUGCUCGUGGCCGUAGUGUCCCUUUUCAACACCAGGGAUCAUUUUCUCCUGGUAAUGGACCAGAUGUUUCCAGAGACCAAGAAGAGCCAUGUCCCUGGCAGGUUGAUUUUCAGACAUCCACACUGGAGAGCAUGGAGUUAUCACAAGACAAUGGAAACCAGUUGACUCCUAAUUUCAGCACACCAAAUGCUUGCCCUAUGACUGAUUCAAGCUAUCAUACCAAAUCUGGUGGGUUGGAAUGUCAACAGGACAGUUCUAGAGAAGUACAUUUAAACAAAGAAUCUUACUCAUUUGGAAUUUCUCAGCCUUUAGCAUCCUCAUUCAAAACUUCUUUCCCCCAGAUUUCUGAUGACAAAGGGAACCCUCAGAGUUCCAGUUUUCAGAAUCCCACAGUCACUUUGCAGGAAAUUAUUCCCAAUAAACCUGUGUGUUUUCCAAUAAGAAGCCAUACAGAAGUCAUUGUGAGCAACAGUGAUUCGACUGAUUCUCCACCUCUUGCUGAAAGCCAACCCAGUAUCUCGGUCACAGAAGGGAAUAAUGAGAAGGACUUGAAUAACUCUAUUUUAGAAAAGUACGAACAACUAAACAAGAUGGACCAGGCAAACAUGACAGGUGAACAACCACAACUUGUUUUACAGACAGGGAUCUCUAACUCCUUACCUGAUUUUCAAAAUCCGCUCUCCCAGGACUCAGCUGAGAACAAUCAGUUUGUUUUUAAUACAUCUACCACAGUAAGUUCAAAAAGAUCACCCAGAGUCCUUCCCAGGAAAGAUAUCUCCAAAAUCUACGUAUCACACAGAGAUAAAGCCAAUGAACUUAAAAAAGAAAAGAGUUUUUCUGGGAACAGAAAACUUGGUUCAGAAACAUCCUCUCCUUUUCUUCAGGACUGCAGAACAUCACCAUCUUUUCCCAGCCCAAAUCAAGGUUGUCAUCAGGAAUUAACAGUAAAUAAUGAAGAUAUUUCCAGCAUUAUUAAAAAUAACCACUGGAAUGCUGAAUCUACUGAUAAUCAAAACCCACAGUCUCCAGAAAAGCCUGUUAUUUUAGAUUCUGAAGGAGAACAAUGUACCAUCACCUAUUCUAUCAACAGCAGGUCUGUUGCCAGCCACAGUGUCUCAUGUGACCCAUUAGGUCAGCCAUCAGAUGCACUACAAGAUUCCUCAGCAUUGAAUAAUUCUUUCCUUGAUGCUCUGGUGAUUCCUUCUGCUACAGUGUUCUCAAGGAGAAGUCCUUCAGGAAAUGAUCCAUCUCUGGGAGAAAGAGAAGAAAAAGACAAUACUAGCAAGAACCAAAAUAAUCAGUUUGCCAUUAGCCCCUUAGAAAGCCAAAAGAAUAAUGAUAAUUGUGUGCCUGUAUAUAAUAAAAUGGUUGAUGUUGUCAAAUGCCACUCAGCUCAUCCUUUCAGGGAUGGCAAGGGAGAAAGAAAAAUAAAAUGUCGAGUAUACUAUGUUGAAAAAUCAAGCAAACCAGAAAAUAGAUCAACAUCCGCAAAUGAUAGCAGUAACCUCAGCGAGGUGAAUCAAGGCAAUUCCAAGGCUCCUGGGCCUUAUACAAUUUAUUGUACUUUACCAAGAAAAUCACCCAGUUUUCUCAUUAAUAGAAGGAAAUCAGAAAGUAAGGUAAUGGCUGCUUCAUUUAGUAAUGGUCCUCUUCCAUUCCAAAUCAAAAACAAUGCGGAAGAUCCAAUCGGGAAGUACACAUCAAACAAAUUCAGUCCCAGUUCUCCUGAGUCAGACAGUGAAUGUUCCAAAGCAGUUUCAGACUCAGCUCCAGUAAUACCUGCAGCUGCAAAGUGGAUGACAAAUAUGAAAAUCACUGGAUCUGCUUCUGUUAGAAAAGAACCACUUCCUUUCCUCAUCAGGAGGGCUCUGUCAUGUCCUUCAGGGGAGCCAUAUUCCUCAAUUGGAAGUGAUGAAAGAGAAAAACACUCAGUCUUGGAUACCGAUGCUUCUGCUGUAUCACCAAGGCCUUGGGAGAGAAUCAUUAACACUCUGGAAAGUGACUCAUCUGUUAAGGAUUGUUCUUUAACUAAAAGCCACCACCAAAAAGAAUACUCUCAAGAAUGCGCUGAAAAUGAUGGUAAAAUUGCAGCCUCCAGGACAGGUAUAUUUUCCCUUCCAAAUGAAGAUCCUUUACCUUUUUCCUCAGAAGUGUCAGGAAAGGAAAGUGGGAAAACAUUACAUAAGUAUAAAACCACUAGCAUGUUUUCUGUUUCUGGUGAUGAUGAUAAUAUAAAAUAUCUUGAGGUGGUUUCGAUAUAUUAUACUCUACCAAGGAAACACAGCAAAAAAUUCUGUAACCUCCUUGAAAAGUAUACACAAAAUACCAAUUCAAUUACAGAAUCACCCAAAGUGGGGACUGAAGCAUUUUCUAAUGCUUCACAAAACGAUAAACUAAAUUAUUCUACACAAGAGCAGUCAGGAACACCUUCAUCUGAAGAUCGAAAGAUGCUGGUUAAGUCUGCUCAGGAGAACAGCCCUUAUAUUUCUCACACCACUGAAAAUGUGACUGUUUUACAAUUACCAGAUAGUGGGUCCUCAGAGCCUACAUUACAGGAAAUGACUUCUGUUGAGGCAGGUGUUUCUCUCCCUAAAGGAGAAUCUGAAACUAGAGAGAUUUUUCCAGAUAACUUUACUAAAGCACCUCUAAGUGAUUCACGAAGCAGGAAAAAGAAAGGAAAAAAGUUACAAAGAGAAACCCUGCGUACUUCAUUAAUGCUUCAGGAAAAAGAAUUUACAGAAGAAAAAUUGGAAAAUUGUCAACAAUCCAUUAAAUCAAGUAAUGGUCGUCCCUCUAGUCUCCCAGCCCCUUCAGAAGAUAAUGUUGAAAAGUCUGAAACUGUAAGAAGUUCUGGGGAGAAUGUGGGUAGUGGUAUUGCUAUUACAUCUACUGGAAGUGGAAAAUGUCCUCAGCAAGGUAUCAGCACAGCCAUAGCUGAAGAUGAUAGCUCCAGUGGGUUGCAGACUAGUGAAGUAAGAGGGAAAGUUGGAACACAUUGCCCACAAAUGACUGAUAAAGCACUUUCUGACUCAGAAAACCAUACCUUUGCUGUUACUCUAGCUUUGCAUAAACUACAAUUUGAUGAGGAGACUUAUUCAGGUAGACGAGAUAUAGAGAGUUUGCAGUCUGAACCCAAAGAACUGCCUCAAAGAAGUCAAGAGGUAAACAUGACAGAGUGCAGGAAGGCUAAAGAUGAAAAACAGAGAUUGGCAUGGGAUCAACCUUCACUUCCUGGAGGGAGUAAUGAAAAUGUAGCCAGUUUGGAUGACCUAGAAAAAGGAAAAAACAGGUCUUCAGUUAAACACAAAUUGGCUGCCAUGUCCAAAGCAAGCAGAAAAUUCCCUGUUACAAAUUUAAGCCCCAGAAAACAUGUAGCUACUAUUUUCACUGAAAGUGAGAGCAGGUCUGGUAUUGGAGGUUUAGCUCCCAGCACACCAGAAACCACUCCCCUGACCCCUGAACCCACUCCAACAUCUGCAGAAUCCACAGAUGAAAGCAGAAGGUUGAGUAAUGAUGGAGUUGAUGUGGAGAAAUUUGAGACCCCUCUCCAGGUUACUGUAAUAGCCAACAGAGAACCUUCUACACACUUAAGUGAUCAGAAGUCUAACAUCAACAUUUCACAAACACGUUGGAAUGAGUUUAAGAAUAUCUCAGAGUCACUACCAAAGAAUGAGGACUCUAUAGAUGUAACAGUAGCUCAGACUUUGGAAAGAGAGUCAGUAAGUCUGGACCAGCCCACAUUCAUCAGCCUCAGGGAAGCAGCGUUCUCUGACCAUCAGAAGAGAUUGAGCCCUCCUUGUCCAUUGGAGCCUGCAUGCAAGUCUCCUACAGUAAGCAUUCCACUGGCCAAUUGUCAGCAGCAACAAAGGAGUACGUCAUCUCCUGAGUGGGAACUUGAGCCACACCUCUAUCGUUCAAAGAGCUUAAAAAACAUCAGUGUACAUGGUGAUAAGCUACACAAAAAUCACCCUCCAAAAGUCAGAGAGCGCCAUUUUUCUGAAAACACGUCUAUUGACAAUGCCCUGAGUCGACUGACCCUUGGGAAUGAGUUCUCUAUCAACAAUGGGUUUAGUCGAAGGUUCAGAUCCUUUUCCGAAUUUCCCUCCUGUGAUGAAAGUGAAAAUUGGGCUUUGUAUAGCGACAGGACAAAAACAGGUCGCAAGCCUGCAACAUCUAUAUCCAGACCUAUUGACUAUGGGAUUUUUGGGAAAGAACAACAAUUGGCUUUCUUGGAGAAUGUAAAGAGGUCACUCACACAAGGAAGAUUAUGGAAACCAAGUUUUCUUAAGAACCCUGGCUUCCUGAAAGACGAUAUAAUUAACCCUCCGAACCCAUCAGAGUCAUUAAGCUCGAAUUCUCCUAGCAGUCAGAUGCCAGAUGGUGGCUUAUCUCCUGCUGAACUGCUUAAUAUCUAUGAGGAGGACCCAGUGGACUCAGCUUGUGAUACAGACACAACCACAGAUGAUGAAUACUACCUAGAUGAAAAUGACAAAGAGUCAGAACUGUGAAGUUUUUUGUUUCUUUUUCAAUAAAACAAAUAACCUUGUCAAAAUCUCGUAAUAAAGUAUAAAUGUGUAUGUUCAUGGGAAGGACAGAUAUAAAAGAUCUAAUCUGGGCACUGCCUGCUUGGAAAGAGCUUAGGUUUCCUUUUUUUUUGCUCCACACCCUGUAGAUACAUUCCUGAAUUCUAGCACAAUGAAUGCUGUUUCGAGGGCUCUGUUUUCUGCCCCCCAUAUAUUUCCUUGGCCUUCCUUUAUUACCCCCCAGCUGAAUCUCUAAUGCACUGUCCGAUUUUGGCUUUCUGCUUCAUUUUUUUCCCUAACAUUUUACACCUUUCAUUGUGAUUUACAGUCCUACUAUCCUGGGCACAUAAGCUUAUUAAUUAUCCAGCACAAAACUCUGUAUUGCUUCUUCCCAUCCACACCCUAUACUCAUGACAUUAAAUAAAAUGUAGGGAUCAUGAUAAUAGAGUAAAUAUUAUCAUCCUGUUUGACUCAUCAGCAUUUAGGAGGUUUAGAGGUUUUUUUUUUUUCUUUCUCCUUUCAAACAAAGAUAAGGGGAUUUUUAUUAAGAACAUCUUCUUAUGUCCAUAGAAGAGCCAGGGAAACACAUGUCUGAAGAGCAUGUUGAGGUGACAGGUGAAAAGCUGAAUCCCUAACUAGCCAGUAGAACAUUAAUGCUCCUAGGAAUUCCUCUGAGUUUGUGGGAAUUGGCUAAAUUCUUAAGGGCUGAAUUAAUCAAGCUAAGGACGUAGGCCAGGCAACCUGACUGCACAGAUGGUAGCUGAGCUGCAGAAAUUCUGCUUAUGAAGGGAGCAUAACUGAGAGGCAGAGAUAAGUAAAUCUCUCUUCAUGAGGCUGACUCAGGUUUACUGCAGGCUUUCUCAGCAACUAGUUUUUCCCCAUUUUCCCGGAGCUAUCCAUUUCCCUGGAGCCCUGGUGG